AUUUAUUUAUUACUUUUACUAAUUUCAGUAUCAGUUGGGUCAAAGGUACCCCCAAUUUUUGAGGAUUUGUGCUAAAAACAUCCACUUUUCCACUAUAGCAAAAUUUGCAAGAUUCUUUAUAGACAGUAAAGUAUGAUAUUGACACCCAUUUUUCAUUUUUGUGUUUCAGAUGGAGGAAGCAUGUGAAGAUAUAGAUCAGAUGUUCAGUGACUUAUUGGGGGAGAUGGAUUUGCUAACACAGAGUUUAGAAGUGGAAGCCAUGCCCAUUCCACCCCGAAAGUCAUCUAAUACUGAGUUUAAUUUUGCAGUUGGUUUCAAAGAUUUAAAUGAAUCCUUGAACGCAUUGGAAGAUACUGAUUUAGAUACUCUGAUGGCUGAUCUUAUAGCAGAUAUCAGUGAAGUAGAAAAGACUACAUUCCAAGAACUGAAGGAUAACUCUUACAAUGAGCAAGCUGCCAUGAUUCAGCCACCAGCAAAGGCUACCCCUAUUUGUGGAAAUCAAUCAAUACUAAAUAAAACAACCCCACCUGCUGAGAAAGAAUUACCAGCUCCCUCUGUAGAAACACCAGUGCUACCACCACCACCACCCCAAGCCAUCCCCCUCCAGCCACUCACUCAGGAAGAACAAGAGGUGCAAGCAAAAGCUGACAAGAUUAAACUGGCAUUGGAGAAACUAAAGGAAGCCAAGGUUAAAAAGCUUGUUGUCAAGGUGCACAUGAAUGAUAACAGCACAAAGUCUCUGAUGGUGGAUGAACGGCAAGUGGCACGUGAUGUCUUAGACAAUCUCUUUGAAAAAACCCACUGCGAUUGUAAUAUAGACUGGUGUCUUUAUGAAAUAUAUCCAGAGCUACAAAUUGAAAGAUUUUUUGAAGAUCAUGAAAAUGUGAUUGAGAUCUUAUCUGAUUGGACUCGAGACACUGAAAAUAAGAUACUAUUCUUGGAGAAAAAUGAAAAAUAUGCUGUAUUUAAAAACCCCCAGAAUUUCUACUUGUUAAUCAAUGGUAAAAAUGAAAGCAAGGAAAUGAAUGAGAAAAACAAAGAAGCAUUACUGGAGGAAAGCUUCUGUGGCACAUCUGUUAUCGUGCCAGAAGUUGAAGGUGCCCUUUAUUUAAAGGAAGAUGGAAAGAAAUCCUGGAAGAGGCGCUAUUUUCUUCUACGAGCUUCAGGCAUUUAUUAUGUCCCAAAGGGGAAGACCAAGACCUCCCGAGACUUGGCUUGCUUCAUACAGUUUGAGAACGUAAAUGUUUAUUAUGGUAUUCAAUACAAAAUGAAGUAUAAGUCCCCUACAGACUAUUGUUUUGUCUUAAAGCAUCCCCAAAUACAGAAGGAGUCACAGUAUAUCAAAUACCUGUGCUGUGAUGACAAGCAGUCUCUACAUCACUGGGUAACUGGUAUCAGAAUUGCAAAGUAUGGGAAGGCCUUGUAUGGUAACUACAUUGGUGCAGUGCAGAAGGCUGAGUUGGCUUCACGCUUGGCAAAACUAGGGAAUACUGAAUCCAUAGCUUCUGGGGGAUCAUUUUCAAGAGGUAGCACUCAUACAAAUGGACAAAUCCCCCAGAACUUAACUCUAAGUGCAGCAAACACUGCAGGGACUGGAAAAUCUGCUGAUAUGCCAAAGGUUAAAAAGCCAGAUGUUAUCUCCAGUGCUGCUCAAGCAUCAUCCCUACCCACACAACAGCUGAAACAGAUUCGUAAACCUGGUGGAUUGCAGCCUCCUCCCCCUCCUCAAAGACACUCUUCUGCUAUUACUACUUUGUUGGACUUACCCAGCAAUUCUGAGAGGGAAAAUAUAAUUUCCUCAUCAAAUUAUGAAGAAUUUCCACCACCACCUGAAUUGAUACCACCUCCUCCUGAUUGGGAGGAUCUGCUGCCGCCACCACCACCACCACCAUCUCCACCACCACCUGAAUACCAUGAAUCUCCUCCCGAUUUCAUUCCUCCCCCACCGCCUUCCCUUCCUGCUGGCGCUGGCUCUCCAGAACUACCUCCACCUUCACUCUCUGUCCCUGGUAUACCACCCCCAACCAAGAAGAAACCACCACCACCACCUAGAAGGCAAGAAGGUGCUCGGCAAGCAGGAAGACCAAAACAAAGUGGAUCAAUUCCAAGGGGAGAUGCUGUUGAACAAGGAGAUUUCAUGUCUGAUCUAAUGAGAGCCUUGCAAAAGAAAAGGAGUGAGACAUCAUGAAGCAAGUAGUUUUAAAUAUCAGGUGGUCCAAAGGAGCUUUUGCUAGAAAAUGUCACAAAAACCAAAGGUCCUGUUGAGAUAGUAGAUCACUUCCCAUGCUCUUGCUUGAAGGCUGAAAAGCACAGUCAAGCAUAGGAAAUGCCCCAGAGAAAAGCAGGUUCCAGAAGAGUAAUUUGUUUUUUAAAAAUAAAAAAAUAGUAAUUUAAAAGCUAUUUUUUUCAGAUUUUUCCCUGCGCCACCAUAAGGGCUUGCCAGUUUCAAUCAUCUAAGCAUAGGCUAGAGCACUUUGCAGAAGUAAGAGGCGGAAUACUAAAUACAGUAACAAAUGAUUAAUUCUCUUGACAGCUUGUAAAUUCCCUUUUUCUUAUUGGCUGAAGUUAUGAGAUCAAGAUCUACCUUUUUGCUUCCUAUAGUUGGAUACAAAGGGAAAAUACUACCCAGGACUUUAUUAUGCACAUGUUAUCCUGACCACAAUAUACUACACCUGUUUCCUCAAUUUCUUUUGAAGCCACAGUGAAUAUUGUUUUCAGUGAUAAUAUCUGCAGGUAAUCUCUGUGGUUAUUUAUUUGGUUUAAUGCCAGGAUAAUUCUUUUGGAAAUAGCUUUCAUUCUUCCUCUCUCAUCUACAAAUUUAGUGGUUGUCUUAGGUGACACCUAAAAAUAUUUGUCUCAGAAAAAGUAAUUUAUUUCUUCUUAUAUAUCUUUCAUCAUGUAUAUUUCAUUUUCAUUCUCCUUUAUUUACUGCAACAUUCAUGAAUAAAACUGUCUUUUAU